CCCAGCAAAGGUUCUUUUUGCUUCGCUGGCUUCACCCCUACUUGACAAUCUUGACAUGAUGUCCAGCUCCAGCCUUUCACGCAGCGUGAACGACGCUCCAUGCGCGUGCAUUUGACCCUCUUGAGUGGCGAAGAAGCCGUGCUCACUGUGUCGCCUGAUACGACGGUCCAUGACCUGAAGCUACAAGCUCAGCGAGAACUUGGCAUCCACGAGCUUGUCUCCUCACAAGGUCAAAUUCUGAGCGGUUUUUGCUCUCUAAGAGAUGCUGGAAUCCGUGAUGGUGACAACAUCAGCGCAACUGUGAGGUCUGCUCAGCUCGUCUCUGGGCGUCUCUGCCGUGCUUUUGCUUUGAUCCGUGGCGAUGGCACAGUGGUGUCUUGGGGCGACAAGGUAGCUUGUGGACAGUACAGUGACAUCAACUGGAACGAGCUGCGCGACGUCCAGCAGAUCUGCGCUUCUUCAGGGGCUUUUGCUGCAGUGCUGGGAAAUGGCCAGGUGGUGACUUGGGGUGACUCUUCUUGUGGCGCUGACAGCCGGAGGGUCAACGAGCAGCUCACAGCCGUUUGCAGCCUUGAAGCCUCCGCCUUCGCCUUCGCAGCGCUUCGGCGCAAUGGCAGCGUGGUGACGUGGGGCGACCAUCGCUUUGGCGGUGACAGCCGCCCGGUCCAAGAGCAGCUCACAUCAGUGAGGAGGAUUGUGGGCUCAGGGAGGGCCUUUGCUGCAGUGCGACGAGAUGGUCUUGUGGUGUCCUGGGGAAGUGAGGACUGUGGUGGAGAUUGCAGUGAAGUGAAGGAGGAACUCACCGAUGUGGUUGAUGUUUACAGCACCUAUUCAGCCUUUGCUGCUGUUCGGCAGGAUGGGUCUGUGGUAGUCUGGGGGGAUAAGCAUGGUGGUGGCGACAUCACAGAAGUGAAGCAGGAACUGUAUGAUGUGAGGGAAAUCCACGGCUCAAGCUACGCCUUUGCCGCGAUCCGAAGAGAUGGCCAAGUAGUGACUUGGGGGUCGGCAGACUCUGGUGGUGAUAGCCGCUUAGCCCAGGAGCGUCUCUUUGAGGUGUCGCAGGUCCAAGCCACGGACUCCGCCUUUGCUGCUCUUAAAACGGACGGCACCGUCGUGACGUGGGGUGGGCGUCAUGGCUUUGGACGCGGAGGUGCCCCAAGUGCGGCGGUGCAGCAACAGCUAGUGGAUGUGCAACGGUUGGCUGCGACAGACGGGGCAUUUGCAGCGCUGCUGGGGAAUGGUCGAGUAGUGACUUGGGGCGAUGAAGACUAUGGAGGAGACUGUCGUGCUUUGUCUGAAGAGCUUCAAGAUGUCCAUCAAAUCCAAGGCUCAAACUCGGCCUUUGCAGUGGUAAAGAAUGAUGGCACCGUUCUGGCCUGGGGCGAUCGCGUCGUUGGUGGAGACUGCAGUGGUGUGAAGCGUCAACUGAAAGACGUUCAUUGUGUUUCCCUAAGGAAAUCCAAGUUCAGUGAUGGAGCUGCCGAGAUACAUUGCACGAAAUGCGACAGCACGCCGAGUCGUGCUAGCACAAGCAGGGCAGAGUAUGACGCCACUGAUGGCACAUUAAUCGCACUUGAAUCCGGCGUUGCUCCGCUUUGACCUAGUUAUACAAUCCACUCAGAGUGCUUUAGCAAAGAGUAUAGGCUGCAUGGGAAGUGAGAAUGCUGCAUGCUCUUUAUUUCUUU